CUUUUCUAAUUGUUGGCACGCAUUUUUUUUUUAGAAACGUUGCUCAGUAGACAAUGGACGCGGAGUUGGAGGCCAACAUCCAGCAGGCGCUGCCGAGCGCGCUCAAGAUGGCGCUGUAUGCGGCCAAGAAGCAGCACCUGGAUCUGCUCAAGUACACAAUUGAAGGCGCGGACUCGCUAUGUAAUAACGCGGCGUUCCUGAAGGACUUUGAGGACCAAGAGCACCUGCAGCACUUGGGCGAGACAGCCAAGGGCUUUGCGGUUCUACAGACACAGCUCACACGUUACAAAACGCAGCUGGAAAAGCUCCAGCCUCUUGUGGAGAGCGGGAGGCUAGACCAAAGCAAGAUUGAUAAGGUGCUCAAGGACACGCUGGCCACGCCGCGCAUUAACGCAACCAAACACGACUUCUACAAGAAGUUCUGCGAUCGCGCAGGGAUUGAGCUGGCGGCGGAUGGAGACGAAGACGUGUUCAUCCAGGAAAGCGAGAGCAUCAGGAGCACAAUCUGUCCCGUUACGCAGAUGGAGAUGGAAGACCCAUUGCGGAAGUAUGAGGGUAGUGUGGAUUAAGGCAUUUGUUGGUGGGGCUGCUGACUUUGUGAUUGGUAUUGCUGUGCAGUCCGAGCUGUGGCCACACGUACUCAAAGAAGGGUAUUGAGGCCCAUUUGCAGCGCAGCAAGAAAUGUCCUGUUGCAGGUUGCCCGCAGAAGCUGUCGUUCAACAGCUUAGAGCGCGAUGUCGAGAUGGAGGUUAUUAUUGCUCGCAGGUACUCCUUUUUACUUUUUUUUUUCUUUUAGUUGUUUUGGUUUUUAUUCUGACGCUGGUAGCAUUUUUAUGAUGUGCUUAGCCACCAUGCCUCAGAGCAACAAAGGUCCCAAGCUGUUGCCGCGGGAUAUGAAGACGAAGAAGACGAGGAAGAAUACGUCGUUGAGUAGGUUAAGGUUAUUUGCGCAGUGCAACACAGAACUUCGUUUUCUUUUUGUCUAGAAGCAAUUAAUGGUGGAUAGUUUGAUUUUACAUUACUAGUAUGGUCUUCACAGC